AUGGUCUCUGACUUUUUCUAUCCCAACAUGGGUGGGGUGGAAAGCCAUCUAUAUCACUUGUCAGAGCAAUUGAUUCGACGUGGACACAAGGUGGUGAUAGUAACACAUGCAUACGGCAAUCGUACAGGCGUACGCUAUUUGACCAACGGGCUCAAAGUGUACUAUGUACCGACGAUGGUGAUUCAUGCUGAAGCAACUCUCCCUACCAUCUAUGGCUGUUUCCCACUCUUGCGCAACAUUUGGAUCAGAGAGAAAAUCGAUAUCAUUCACGGCCAUGGUGCCUUUUCUGCUCUUUGUCAUGAGGCGAUUCUACAUGGAAAGACAAUGGGAUACAAGGUGUGCUUUACCGAUCAUUCGUUAUUUGGUUUUGCCGAUGCAAGCUCCAUCCUUACCAACAAGCUGCUCAAGUUUACACUAAGUGAUGUCGAUCAUGUUAUUUGUGUAUCACAUACAAGCAAAGAAAAUACGGUGCUACGAGCGGCCUUGUCUCCAAGAAACGUAUCUGUCAUUCCUAAUGCCGUGGUAGCUUCCCAGUUCAUGCCCGAUCCUUCGGCACCCGAUCCCAAUUGGAUCACUAUUGUUGUCAUCAGUCGGCUGGUUUACCGGAAAGGAAUGGAUCUACUUGUGGCUAUAAUUCCCCGAAUUUGUGCAAUGCACAAAAACGUGCGUUUCAUCAUUGGAGGAGACGGGCCAAAGAGGAUCGAUUUGGAACAAAUGCGGGAGAAACAUUUAUUGCAUGACCGUGUGGAGCUACUAGGGCCAAUUAAACAUCACGAGGUCCGCAAUGUGUUGAUACAAGGCAACAUUUUCUUAAAUACCAGCUUGACCGAGGCCUUUUGCAUUGCUAUUGUGGAAGCUGCAUGUGCAGGUCUAUUCGUUGUAAGCACCAAAGUGGGUGGCGUGCCCGAAGUGCUACCCAGCCACAUGAUUAACUAUGCCAUGCCUGAAGAAGAUGAUUUGGUCCUUGCCAUAUCCAAAGCAAUUCACAUGAUUCGAUACGAAGAAGUUGAUCCCAGCCGGUUUAAUGAUGAGCUAAAGGACAUGUAUAGCUGGUCUAACGUGGCCGAGCGCACCGAAAGGGUCUACGACAUGAUAUCUCAAACGCAAGAGGCACCCUUGAUCGAGCGAUUACGUCGAUACUAUGGAUGCGGCAUUUAUGCUGGCAAGAUUUUUUGCAUGGUGGUGGCACUCGACUAUCUAUUCUGGAUGUUUUUAGAAUUCAUGCUCCCCAAUCAUUCGAUCGAGCGUGCUGAGACCUUUCCCUACAAACGAUAUCGAGACGCGUUGCAUAAUCAUAACACCUUAUCACCAUUACAUAAACACAUGAGGGCAUCAGAUUGA